AUUCAAAAUUUUACUAUAGGUAUUGAUUUCUGUGAGUUAAGCAUAAUGCAUGCUCUAGUGUCAUAUCUCUCUCUGUUUUCCCUAGGGAAGCCAGAUAUGCACUCAAGUUACCGUAUCUAUACUCUUCCGCGGAACAAAGUAUAGAAUUUGUUCCAAAUAAGCCGGAUUUAACAAUGGCGACCAAUCUGUCAUGGCUCGGUAUUAAAUGUCAAUUGGAAGAGGAAAUUUCAAAAUAGUGAUACAUUAGAAGCGUUUCAUUUAUAAAUAUGGCUACGAAAGAGCCUACUGUCAUCGAGGAUGGUAUCCCCGAGCCUGGUAUUGAGCCAGGUGCCUCUGCGGAAACAAUGCUUGUCACAACAGAUAGUUUUGAAGAAUACGAACAAGAGAUGAGCAGUAGUAUUGACGAUAGACAGAUGAAAGAAAGUACAACGAGCACUAUUUCAGAAAUUCAGGAAGAAGUACAAGACAUUCCAGCAACACCUACUGCAACUACUCCACGUGAACUUCAGAAAACGACUUCCCUUGAUGAUUCUGAAUUAGAGGAUGUUACUCAUCGAUUAGGUCAAACCAAUUUGGAUUCUGAUCCCUUACGUUGCAAAGCAUGGUUGGCACAAAGGAAGCAUAUAUUUAUUUUGAGCCAAGCAGGAAAACCCAUAUACUCUAGAUACAGUUCAGAAGAUAAACUAGUCACAGUUAUGGGCGUGAUGCAAGCUCUAGUUUCAUUUGUCCAAGCAGGCAGUGAUAUGAUUAGAUCUGUUCAUGCAGGAGAUACUAAUUUUGUAUUUGUUGUAAAAGGCCCAUUGAUUUUAGUUGCAGUUUCAAAGACGCUCGAAAGUGUACCUCAACUUACAUUGCAAUUAACAUAUGUAUAUAAUCAGAUAGUAUCUGUGUUGACACAGUCACAGCUAACUAGAGUAUAUGAUCAACGUAGAAACUUUGACUUAAGAAGAUUGUUAACCGGUAGCGAAAGACUGAUAGAUCAUUUAUUAAAUUUUAUGGAUAGAGAACCAGCAUUUUUUCUGGGAGCCAUCAAAUGUUUACCUUUACUUCCUUCCAUGAGAAGUUCUAUCACGCAAACUAUUAUUCAAACAUGUGGAAAAAUCAAGAAUUUAGUAUUUGCGAUACUUUUAGCUAAUAACCAAUUGGUAACAUUAGUCAGAAUGAACAAAUUUUUUUUACAUCCUGCGGAUUUACACAUAAUACAAAAUUUGGUCGACAGUUCAGAGUCGCUUAAAACUGCCGAGAGCUGGACACCGAUAUGUCUACCAAAGUUUGAUGCCAAUGGUUAUAUGCAUGGACAUGUAUCGUAUUUGGCUGAAGACUGUCAGGCAUGCUUAUUGUUACUUACAGUUGACAGAGAUGUAUUUUAUAUUCUUUCAGAAGCAAAACAAAAAAUUGUGGAAAAAUUAAGACGAACAAAUUGUUUAGAGGCAAUUAAUGAAUCUAUGCAUAAACCACCAAUUACGACUGCUGACAUUGGAUUGCCAGAAAUGAGACAUGUUUUGUAUAAGUGUAGAAGCACAGCACAGUUUUGGAGUCCUGGACUUCAACCUCCAUAUACAACAGAUGAAGAGAUCGAACGGUUAUUGGGACUUUAUCAAUGUCUACAUCACAGGCUACAUGCUCCAAAUAGACCACUAAAACUUAUAUUCCAACAGUUAGAUAAAGAAACCAUGUUAGCAUGGGUAACAUUAGGCUUUGAACUGUAUGUUACAUUUGAACCACUUGUAACAAAACUUGAUGCCAUUGACGCAGUAAAUAAAUUAUUGAAAUGGAUAAAAAAAGAAGAGGAGAGGUUAUUUAUUUUAAACUCGCCUACAUUUUAAUAAUUGAUAUAAUCAUGAACAUUUUAAGAAAUUAGAUAAAUUUGAUGGAUAUAACAUGAAGAUAUGAAGUGCAUUCUUUAGUGAUGGUUAAUAAAAUAUUGUUAAUAAGAAAGACACAUCGCAUCAAAGAUGGAUGCAUUCCUCAUAUAUUAAUACCAUACUUUGCUCACUAUUUUUAAUUACGACAAAACAUUGUGAAAUAAGGAACAUAUGUGAAAAUGUAUAUAUUUAAAGACACGCAUGUAAUCAUGUGGAUUACAUUUAUAGACAGGCUAUGAUAUCCUCUACUUAUUUUAUUAUGUGGUGCUCGAGAAAAUUUAUCACUGUAUCGUUGAAGAGGAAUUAUAGGGUAUCUAUUUGUAUCAUUUAAAAAGUAUAUUAUAUUUCUAAAAUAAUUUUUUAACGAUUACAGUGAUAAAUUUUCUUUAAUAUUUUGUAUAUAAGCAUAAGAACAACGGCCAUCGUUUCAUAAUCUUGUUAAAUCGAAAAUAUGGUUCUAGGAAGAAUGAAUAAUGUAAUAAUAGAGACAAAAUAUUAUCACUUACAACAUGUAAUGUACGGGUAUUACGAGCUACUGUGUAGCGUUUCUAUUGAUAAAUGCUAUAAUUUUAAUAUGAAACUAUUCUCUGUAAAUGUUAUAUACUGCUGUUAUGAACAAAACGCAGUACACACGAUAAAAAAGAAGAUUCAAGA